AUGGAUCUCUCGCCAAAGAAUCUUGUUACCGUCCUGGGCGCACUUACUGCUCUCUGGACAGCUGCAAAGCUCUCUAGCUUUCUCUGGCUCUACAUCCGUCCCUCCUCAUUUCACCGUUAUACCAAGACAAAAGACGGCUCGCCCCCUUGGGCCUUCGUCACAGGAGCUAGCUCUGGCAUUGGACGUUCCUUUGCACUGGAGCUCGCAUCCAAGGGCUUCAACGUUGUAAUCCAUGCCCGCAACAAGUCCAAGCUGGAAGCAGUCGAGGCAGAGCUGCAUGCCAAGUUUCCGUCUUGUGAGGUCCGCUGUCUUAUAGUCGACGCCUCUGCUCCAUCGGAGUGGAACUUUGAACAUAUUGCAGCAAGCGUCUCAGAUGUAUCAAUAAAGGUCCUGAUCAACAAUGUUGGAGCGACGAUGCCUAUCGGCCACGAGUUUGAUACCCUCGACAGCUACACUGCUGAUGAAUUGCACGCGAGCAUCAGUACCAAUGCCGUGUUCCCCAUGCUGCUCACCGCCGCCCUCAUGCCAAACUUGCUGAAUAAUCAGCCGGCUCUCAUCCUCAACGUGGGUUCGUGGUGCGACAAUGGAUUCCCCCUUUGUCCUGCCUACGCCCCAUCAAAGGCCUUUGUGAGAGGAAGCUGCGUUCAACUGGGGCUGGAGAUGGCAUUCAAGAAGCGCGACAUUGAAGUUCUGGGCCUCAGACUCGUGCAAGUUACCGACACUGGCACCAUCUUCUUUCCUCCCAGUAUCAUGGUUCCAACGCCGGAUGUAUGGGUCAAGACAGCGUUGGCGAGAGUUGGUUGCGGUAGACCAUAUGUUAUGCCUUAUUUCCUGCAUGCUCUCCAGGAAGCACCACUUGAUCUGAUGCCAGCGUGGAUGAGGAAGAAAGCAGUUCUCGCCCUGGGAAGCACACUUUUGGGAGCCGAUCCGCUUGGAAGAUUGGCAGCACAGGCAGCCGGAAACGAGACGGCGAAGAAGAAGGUUUAA